AACUGCUUCGGCGAUUCGAAACUGUACAAAUAUCUUUCCAUAUUUCCACUGCUUUCACAGUUUGCAAUGUGUUGCUAAAAUUUAAUUUAUUUUUAAUUUUUACGUCUAAUUUCUUUGCUCUAGCAUAUUAUGGUAGAAUCCAACACGCAUCCAUAUAAAGAAAUCAUAAUUUAUAAUAUAAUAAUUCAAUUUUAGAAUAAAAGGAGUUUCCACUCAAUCACAGCCGCUCCAAUUGAAUUAACAUGAAUGUGUUUAAUACCUUGAGAUCGUCAUUGUUAAUAAUAUGAAAGGCAUCGAAGGGACAACAAAUUUUCAUCUCUGAGGAAUUACUUUGUUUACAUCGAAAAAGAUGACGUAACAGCUUGCUGCUGGAAACACGAUGACUUCGAUCGUAAGGACACGUUACUAUUUCAUCCAUCGUUGUUAUGUUAAUUUGUGGACACUGCAAUAAGCUCGUAGCUAACGCAUAACAUCAAAAUUCGUAGAAUCAAACAAUAAAAAAUAACGAUUGACAUACCCGUGUUGCACGUUCACGUUGGACGCGCGAUGGAGAAUCACGUGUUGCUGUUUAGGCUCUGUUAGUUUCGCUGAGACUGUACUGUAUGCAUGUGUAGAAACGAAAGAGUCCUUUUUCAGAAGCGAUUCAUAAAAAUCAUCCGAUAGAUGGAUCUUUAACUAUCCCGAAAAACAAAGAAUUAAUUAAUCUUGUAUUUGUUUGCAAUAUUUUUGUCUACACUGUGAUUGGUUUUUUUUAAUGAAAUUACAUGAAUACAAAGAAUCAUCUAAUAAAACCUUAAACUGUACUUUUAUGUGUAUUUUCAUGGGCCCUACGGACAACGUGAACAGGCGCCGCGUUUAUCGCAGAACGGGUAAAAUCGUUCAUUUAGAAAUUUAUUUUUACUAGAUCCGUUUAAAUCCAUAUGCUUUGUUCUCUUCCGAGAGCUGUACCGGUAACUCAUUUCAUUGCUUUGCAAGCGUUUGUUUUUACUAUUCGCUCUAAUAAUAACGAGUCCACGAAUAACCUAUUAGAAUUUCUGUCCAAAUAGAGUAAAAAGUAUCGUUAUAUAUUUUAUAUUAUAUUUAAUAUAUCGACGAAUUCUUGCUUUUGAAAAUGAACUCGAUUAUCUCUUGUACAUUAUAGCUGACGGAGCAUCGAUAAAUACAUAGAAUGUAAAUAACAUGUGAACGGUGAAUAUAUAUAUAUAUGUACACGUACUUUUAUUAAAAUGUUCUCAAUUCUGUUUUUAUUUCUUGAAAAGAAACGCGACCACAUACAUCGGGUCUGGAUAAGUGAUUUUUCGCGUAUUUCGAGAUCGGGAGAGCAGCACAUCUGUAGCUGGGACAACCUUGCACGUGCACGUAAUACAUCGAAACUAUUUAUAAGCGAAACAUCGUCACCGUAUUAUUACCGAAAAUAAGUUGCUUCACGCUGACGCAGCGACGACGGGGUGUUACGAUUUAAAAUAUCAUUUAUGUGACAGUCAGCUUUUUAUCUCCUCCAUAUAAAAUUACCCCGAAGACGCUGACGGUGUGUGCGAAUGCCAACAAUCUUGGAUCAGCACCAUCGAAGUCACAUGUACAUUCUUUUCAGUCGAUCGAGCUUUCACCAUAAACCAGAAUUGAUUACGUGCAAACUUUAUUUUAUGGACCAAAAAUAAUGUACAUUUGAACUUUUUAUUAUUUCAACAUUUAAUAAUCGAUUAAAUUAUAUUCGUCAAAUACCAAAUUAUUAUUAGAUUUAGCAAUGUUCGUUCUAUUUAAUUAUUCUCAUUCUUUUCGUUAGUUCAUACCUAUUGAACAAUUUGUUCUAUAGAAUAAAUUUCGAGGGCGGUGAAUUCAAUCUACGAUGGAAAAUACAGUACACGUGUGCACAUGGUUGGUAGUAAAGCCUGGGAGUAAAGCCAUUUAGACAAGAAAUCGAUUUUCCAGGUCUUUUUUUCCUCUCUAUAAACAUGCCCGUUACGCUGCGAGUUCGAAGGGUGGUGGAAGGCCGAUGGCAACAAGACGGACUGACAAAUAUAUCAGUCUUGUCCCACGCAGUUUUCAAGCAACUAGCUUACCGAAGACAACUUGAAGAACAGUCAUGGCAGCUUUCAUCCAUGAAAUCAAGAGUUCGCUGAAAGGAUUCCGUCCGAGCACAGUACAAUAAUAAGGGCUUACGUGUUUCAUACGAUAUUGUACCUCAUCGGCAAAACGUUGAUCAAACCAAGUGUUCCGAAAGUGGUUCGUAAUUUUCUGUUAAAUUCAUUUAAUUGUUACAUCGUUAUUGGUUGACGCCGCAUCUUUUGCACUUUUUCCAAGGAUCGUCGGCGAUUUUAGUGACUCGCAAGGAGAUGACCCAUAUCGAUUAUUGAGCCCCUUCGAAGUCAGCGUCAGUCAUGCAACGGGUCCUCAGCUUUCAAAUGGCUCGCGGACUCAACGAAUCGAGCGAGUUCGUGACGAAACGCAUGUGCUUCUCGUUCCUCUUCUCCGUCGGGUUUCUGUGCCUUCUGUGCGGCUUUCUGCUCGGUCGUUUCUCUAUGCAGAGGGCCCUCGAAUUUCGCGCCGAAAAGAAACGCCUCGAAUUAGCGGGAAACGGUUUGGACAGCAACAAGUACCUUCAGCGUUUGAUGCUCGAACUGCUGAAAACGGCGCCGCUCGACGACGAUUUCGAAGUGACCUGGAAAUCUUUCGAUUUGUUGAAGGACGAUGUGCAGCGAGCAAAUGGGAUCCUGUCGAAUUUGUCGUUUGUUGACAAAGUGGUCGAGCAUCAAUCAUAUAUCGUUGCGUCCGUUCAGGGGUCCAGAGAACCUGACAGGUUCGUAGUUCUGUCGGCGAGCGAGCAAAGUGUAGGCGUUGCUUUAAAACUAGCGAAAAUUUUUAACGACGUUCAGAGGCAACACGGCUGGAAACCACGCAGAUCGAUUAUCUUUUGUCUAUUCUUCGGGCCUGAGGACCCAUGUCCUGGGACUUUGUUCAGAUUUACAAGGCACAGAGUUCUCGCUUACAUUGUAAUUCAUCACCAAGGAUCGCAAGGUAGAGGUCCUUUGAUCGUGUCGGGGACAAAUGUAGUGCAGUCUGUUGUCCUAGAUGCUGCUAAAUACGUAAGGGAUUUAUACCCUUACAACGAUCAAUAUGCGACUCUAGAUAGUAUGUAUUAUAACUCCACAAUUUCCCAUUUAGUUUUAGACGUACCUCAUGCAAUAUUAUCAUUUACGGAUGAUGAUGAAAGUGAGUCGCGUAAAGUAAUGCUAGCACAAAUCCUUAGCCAAACUCUAUGGAGAUUGUCUGAAUGUUUAAUCAUGAAAUGGAAUCCAAGUUACUUCAAUGGAACCAUGUCUAGAGCAUUGGAAUCUAUAAAUAGCACAGAAUUUUUAGAAGUCAAAGAGAAAAUACAGGAAACUUCGGUCGAAUUGUUAAAUAAUGUUGAUACUCUAAAUGGAAGGAUUGACGCGGUUGAUAGCACUAAUACGCUUGAUACAAGAAUAUUGAAUGAUUUGAUGAUAGACUUCGAUAGAACCCUUUUCUGCCCUGAUACAAAGUUUCGGUCUAAAACUAAUUGGGCAGAGUUUCUUAGUCUAAAUCACAAUCCGUAUAACAUAAGUUUGAUGUAUCUCAAGGAGAUGGUGAAAUGUUACGAAGCAGCAAUUCAAUUAUUACAAAAUAGAUAGGAAAAAAAUGCAAAAGUAAACAGAGUCUAGGUAUAAAAUUCGUUUUUUUUCUUUUAAAUAACUGCGAUAACUUUGGAGUACCACUAAAAUCUGCUAAAACAUAUUUAGCCUAACGCUUAGCCUUACUUCCCCAUAUGCUUAGCUUAAUUUUACAUGUUUGAGUUCCUAUUGUCCAUUCAUGUAUUACCGUACAUUGCACAGGCAUGUAUAUAAUCGUAUGCAAGAUAUAUAUAUAUAUAUAUAUAUAUAAAAAGAUGAUGCCUGCGAUAAGUAAGGCUCACAGGAAAGCUAAUGCACGCUUCCUGGACCAUACCGUAUUUCUCUUUCAAACUGUUCCGCAUUGAGAGUCCCAUCGAUUGCUUUGCAUUGCGGAUUGAAAACCGAAUAUGGGCUGAGUUCGCCCGGUUUUCUUGGCCUCGAACUGCCCAUAAAAGGAAGCAGAGUAGAUACAUUGCUUUCCUCAGCAACGUAUACUGAGGCUGGUCUAGGCUAUCGUCCGAACAACUGCUUUCCGCAUCCUGAAGAUCCUGUAAGCUUUUAAUUCUUAGUGUUGUCACUGGUCACAGCAAUCGUUUCUGUACAUUUUACAAUAAACGUUACUUCGAUUUCUUUA